AUGUACCCUCCCCCAUGUCACUUUUGUUCUCUGAUUACCGAGGCUGCCAACACCCUGAGGGGGAGUCCUGAACGCAGGCCCAUAAAACCCCUAGAAUUCUAUUUCCCCAAACAAUGCGCAGGCGUCACAUUCUUGUCAUUCGCGCUUGCGUUCUGUCCUUGUCUAGGAGCGUUCGCAGUGAUGCCCGCGCAAAUAGUCCCUGACAGCAUCAGGCGACCAGCGUACGCAGAUGCAGCCGAUGGGCGGCCGUUGCCACCUGGGGAAGGGGCCUCUCCAGUGCUGUCCAAUGUUGACUCCGACCCCGAAGAGUGGGCUAUAGACCCUGAAGGGGAAGUGCAGACACCUGAGGCCCUGCUGAAGAUGAAGCGGGUUUGCAAGGUUGCAGCCACUGCGCUGAAGAUCGCCAUGGACGCUUCCAAACCGGGCGUCACUACCGAGGAGAUCGAUGCAGCAGUGCACCGCUACUUGGUGUCGCAGGGGGCAUAUCCAGCCGCCAUCAACUUCUUCGGCUUUCCUAAGGCAGUUUGCGCCUCGGUGAACGAAGUGGCCUGCCACGGCAUCCCAGAUCUGCGACCCCUGCAGGAGGGCGAUAUCGUCUCUUAUGAUUGCACCGCGUACCUCGGCGGCUUCUUUGGAGACUGCGCAGGGACAGUUGCACUGGUGCCCGUUGCUAAACACCACCAGGAACUUAUCGCUGCAGCAAAGGAAUGCCUAAACGUCGCCAUGCGCGCCGUAAAGCCCGGCGUGCCAAUAGCAACCGUCGGAGAAAUAAUCCAUUGCGGAGUUCUGCGGGCAUUUCAUUGGGCGGCGGCUGCACCUGCCUCCCCUUGUCCCUCACAACUUCCGUACGCCCCACCAUCGACCCCGUUCAUGCCUUAA